CAUGCUCGGCUCCUGCAGAGCAUAAAUCCCGGUCGCAGACCUCUCCUCGUGCCCACCCGACCACGACGCUCGGAUUCUUCCCCGUCGUUGAGUCACCUAGCAAGCACGUACGUGCAAAUGGACGGCCUCCUCGCUCCCCUCCAUAUCUAACAGCUCCACGGGCUUUUGCUCUGAGCUGCUUAUGGAUGAACCAGGUUGCUCUCGGUCGAUCUCCGGCCUCCUCUGCCAGGAAGACGCGACCGGCAUAGACUUGGAUUUGGACUCUCCCACCGAUGACAGCGAACUGUCUCAAGCGUUCCUGGUUCUCAAAGCCACCGAUCUUUGUGAGGAGGAGUACAUAGAGAAGCUGGUCUCGAAAGAGAGCAGCUUCGAGAGGCAAAUCGGUGAGUUCUGCUUGGUUCCGGCGACGGAGAGCUGGCUCAAGCGUGCCCGCUCCGACGCCAUCAAAUGGAUCUUAAAGACCAGGGCCCGUUUCGGCUUCGGAUUCCGGACUGCGUUCCUCGCGGCGACUUAUUUCGAUCGCUUCUUUGCACGGCGAAGAAUCGAUAACGAGAAGCCAUGGGCGCUGAGAUUGUUGUCGAUGGCUUGUUUGUCGGUGGCGGCGAAGAUGGAGGAGUACAGAGCGCCACUGCUUUCGGAGCUUCAGAUCCAGGGGUACGCAUUCGACAGCAAUGCUGUGCGGAGGAUGGAGCUCCUCCUCCUCGAUACUCUGCAAUGGAGGAUGGAUUGCGUCACGCCAUUCGAGUACCUGAGUUAUUUCAGAUGCAAGUUCCGGUGCGAUGCUGAUGAUCCAGAGGAGUCACUGCGCAAGGUCACUGCACUCAUCUUUGCAGCUGUCGAUGCGAUCAAUUUAGCCAGCUACUGCUCCUUCACCAUAGCAGCAGCUGCCAUUUUAGCUGCAUCCAGCAGCAUGUAUACAAAAGAGUCAAUGGAGACAAAGAUGAGUGCCAUACCACUGUUUGGAUCCUCUUCAGAAAAGGAACAUGUGUUUUCCUGCUACAAUAUUAUGACCCAGGAUCCACCCAAGAACAUGAGAUCACCCAAGAGGUUGGCUUCUCCGGGAGCAUCAGAGAGUUGUUCCAGCAUCACUGGUGUCAUUGACGGUGCCUCCUUCGGCUUGCCAAGAAAUAAGAGGAGAAGGUUGCAGUUGCCGGAUACCCAUUAGAACCCAACCCUGAUACUACUUUUACACGUGCAUUGGGAAUGCUCUGACCCAUUUCUUCUUCUUCUUCUUCUUCUUCUUCUUCUUCUUCUUCUUCUUCUUCUUCUUCACUCUCUUCUUUUCAGUUCGAUCAUUGAUUGUCUGAG